CCCCGCCCCCCGCUGCCGACGUGGGCUGCAGGCCCUAGGCGGUUGCCCGGCGCGCGGUGGAGCGGGCUGCGGGCAUGGGCGGCCUGCGGCUGCUGGCGGUAGCCCUCACGUGCAGCUGCUGGUGGCCGCAGGGCGGCCAGGGCAAGACCCUGCGGGGCAGCUUCAGCAGCGCUGCGGCCCGGGACGCCCAGGGCCAGAGCAUCGGCCAUUUCGAAUUCCACGGUGACCAUGCGCUUCUGUGUGUCAGAAUCAACAACAUAGCAGUGGCCAUUGGAAAAGAAGCUAAACUCUACCUGUUCCAAGCCCAGGAAUGGCUAAAGCUACAGGAGGGCGGUCCUGGGUAUAGCUGUAGUGAGAGGUUAUCCAGAGCUCAGCUGACAAUGACAAUGAACCAGACAGAGCAUAACCUGACGGUGUCCCAGACUCCGGCUCCCCAGACAUGGCAUGUGUUUUAUGCAGACAAGUUCACCUGCACAGAUGACACGGAGAGUCCCCAGCUGGAAGAGAUCCCAUUUGAAAUGGUGUUACUAAACCCAGAUGCUGAAGGAAACCCAUUUGACCAUUUCAGCGCUGGAGAAUCUGGGUUACACGAGUUCUUUUUCCUCCUCGUCCUGGCGUACUUCGUGACUGCGUGCGUCUGUGCACAGGCGCUGUGGCAGGCCAUCAGGAAGGGAGGACCCAUGCACACGGUCCUGAAGGUCCUGACCACAGCACUGCUGCUCCAGGCUGCCUCGGCCCUAGCCAAUUACAUUCACUUCUCCAGAUAUUCCAAAGAUGGAAUAGGGGUACCUCUUAUGGGAAGUUUGGCGGAAGUUUUUGACAUUGCCUCCCAAAUUCAGAUGUUGUACCUGCUUUUGAGCCUGUGCAUGGGGUGGACAAUAGUCCGAAUGAAGAAGUCUCAAAGCCGACCUCUCCAGUGGGACUCUACCCCUGCGUCCACAGGCAUUGCGGUGUUCAUUGUCAUAACCCAGAGCAUUUUGCUACUUUGGGAGCAGUUUGAAGACACUAGUCACCAUAGUUCACAUUCUCACCACAGCUUAGCAGGGGUCCUGCUGAUCAUCUUAAGAAUCUGCCUGGCACUAUCGCUGGGCUGUGGACUCUACCAGAUCAUCACAAUGGAGAGGAGCACGCUCAAGAGAGAGUUCUACAUCACAUUCGCCAAAGGCUGUAUCUUGUGGUUCUUAUGCCAGCCAGUGCUUGCCUGCAUUGCUGUGAUUUUUAAUGACUACCAAAGAGAUAAGGUUAUUACAAUAGGUGUAAUCCUUUGCCAGGCUGUGUCCAUGGUUAUUCUGUACAGACUCUUCCUGUCCCACAGUCUAUACUGGGAAGUUUCUUCACUUUCCUCAGUGACACUACCACUGACCAUUUCAUCUGGACACAAAAGUCGCUCUCAUUUCUAAUACUUGAUUUUUGUUGAAAGAACAAGUGAAUUGGAUAAGUGCAAUAAGGAUCCAGAUGCAGUGACUUCUUUUCAUGCCUUUGCUGUGAAAAACUGAACUGUGAGAGCAAAGCAUGUUAUUUAUAUAACUGCAUUUCAGCAGUGCCAAAACUCAGAAAGGUCAUAAAUGUCUGGAGUGUGCUCAAACAAUAAACUUUAAAAAGAGUGUUGUUUCAAGUGUUUCAAGGUGACUGAAGCUGAUGUGGAAAUAAGUGUGAAGAGAUGACUUAAAUGAUAUGUGGGUCAGGUGUUCACACUUCCAAUGCCUCAUUAAUAAUGAACUCAGGUCUGAUAGUCUUAAAUAGCGUUCACUCAGAUGAUCACGCUUGUUCAUAUCCAGCUAGUCCAGUUACGAAGUCAGUGGGAGAUGCUGAUUUUAAAACUACUUUUUAUGUUCUAAAGGACGUGCAUUUCAUAUUACAACGUAAGGGAAUUGGAAAUAAACAGAAAGUAUGUGAACAAUUAAAUGAAUUAGCUUCUGUUUAUUCAUGGGUAGAGUUAUUUGCAGUUUCUCCCGUAUUGUUGGCCCUAGUUCAGGCUUUAUCUUGAUUAGGAAAGGAUUUUGGACAAUGUGUGGACAAUCUUAGAUAUGUUACAUUGGUUGUAAGAACAGAGAGGGUUUUAAAUCUGAGCACUUGGGUGAAAGGACAAACAGGUUUUUGUGUUUAAAAAGAAAGAAGGAAAAAGUAGUAUGUGAUAUGGCACUAAAAUUUUAAUCCUGAGAUAAUUCAUUUCUCUUACAUUGAAUCCCCAAUCAUAAUUAAGCUGUAUACACAGAUUACAUUAACAGGAGCAUUUCACAUAAAUGUUGGUUUCAGUCAUCAACUACCCAUGAAUUCCUGCCCAAGGAUACUUAAUCAGGAUUAAAUUUUCUAUGAAUAAUUGAAAAACAAAAUACUCACUGGAUUUGUUAUAAUCCAUGUUGGCACUGGAUUGUAAGUAGUUGCCAUCUUGAAUCCUUUGUAAUAAAGCUGCAUGUGCUCGUGGGGUGUGUUUGUGUGUGUGUGUGUGUGUGUGUGUGUGUGUAGUUUUCUGAAGUGCCUGAUUGCAGAACUGCUCUGUGGCUGUCAGUACUCACUGUGUGAGAUGAGAGCCCUGACCAGUCAUUACUGAUUGGCAGUUACUAAGUCUGUUGGUGUCUGUCGAGUCGUUUGGGUCUUUUUGUUUACCUUUGGCUAAUUUUAAAUAUUUUUAUUUGCUUUUACCAUGCUUUUAAACAGGAAGUGGUGCAAUAGUCUGUUAAUUGAACUUUUUAAUGAAAGAGUUCAGGUAAUGUAACACAAUUAAAAAGUAUCUGUGGUUUUGUCUUUAUUUUUCACUUUCAUGUAGUUUCAUUGAAAAUGAAAAUAUUCUGCUUCAUUUUAAAGGCAAAAUAUGUUUGCAGCUGGCAAACUGAUGAAGUAAUGCAGUCCACCCAUGACUAAAGUGUCUCUCUAAACAGUACUCGGCUGUCCUUCAGUAAGUGAGAGCUACAGGUUAACACAAAAAUGUGGAAGGCAUAUUUUAGGUUUAUAGAACCCACUAGUGUGUAUAACUUUUUCCUCUCACUGUGUCUCACUAAUUCUACAAGUUACGCCUGUUGUAUUCAAGUACAUUUCAGUUAAGCCACACACAAAAGUUCUGCAAACUUGAAGCAGUGAGAAGGGAACAGUCCAUUCUCUUACACGGAGAGCCGGGGGAGUCUGAUGGCAGGCAUAGGACACAGACCAAUGUGCUUGCGUCUGCAAAACUUUUAACAGGGUUUCUGUUUGUUUUUCAAUAUAUUCAGUUGCUAAUAAUUUAUAUUUUCCUGUUAAAAGCUGUUACUAAGUCAAGAAAAACAGUUGUUGACAAAUGUAUGAAACUAUCCCUUACCUAACAGAUCCAAGGACUAAAGUAUCUCAUGUUAUAAUAGUAUCUGUUUUCUUUUCUUAAUCACUCUAAAUCACAGAAGGAUGAAAUGUCCCUACCCUAUGUUUCUUUCUCCUGUCGGACAAUACCUUUGAAAUUAGGGGGUUCUUUUCCUUUAAAAACAGUCUAUGGACACCCCCAUCCUGUUAAAAAAAAAAAGCACUGUUUUCUUUCUUUGAGAAAAUGUGAAGAUGUUUGAUUUUAUUGAUAUGUAUAAAUAAUAUAAAUGCCUACUGUACAUCAGACAUUAGAACCAAGCACCCAUUUAACUGAGUAGGAAUAAAUAAAUGUUUCUUUGAAGCUCA